AUCAGAGAGGAAGCAGCAAACAAGUGAAGCCGAAGAAGAAGGGGGCAGCAUAGGCAACAAGAAGGAUGCCGACUGCCGUUAAACAACACAGAAGAAGAAGAAGCUCCUCUGGACGGGUCCUCGGGUCAGUCUUGGUGUAGCUCGUGUCCGGUUCCGUCCCAAUCAUGUCCCGGGUUCUGAUAGUGGGAGCGGGCCUGACAGGCAGCUUGUGCGCAUGUCUGCUGAGAAGAGAGCUGCAGGACAAAGUGAGCAUCGCGGUGUGGGACAAGGCGCGAGGAGCCGGUGGCAGGAUGUCCACCAGUCGUCCUCCAGACUCUUCAUCUCACUCAGCUGAUCUUGGAGCUCAGUACAUCACAGCGACAUCGGCCUAUGCUCAAUCACACCACAGUGUGUACUCGGAGUUGUUGUCCUCAGGUGUGUUGAAGCCGUUCGAUUCGCUCAUCGAAGGACUGAAGCACACAGACGGAAGCAAGGACUACAUGACACCACUGGGCAUGUGCAGUAUAGUCAAACACUUCCUGUCUGAGUCAGGAGCUGAUUUGUUCUUUGAGCAUCAUGUGACCGGCCUGUACCGCCACGGUGCAUCAUGGGAGGUCCAGAGGACGGCGGGAGGCAGCGAGACAUUUGAUGCCGUCGUCUUGACGAUGCCGGUCCCUCAGAUCCUUAAGCUGCAGGGAGACUUGCAAGACAUGCUGUCUGUCCAGCAGAAGCAGCAGUUAAACCGAGUCGUGUAUUCAUCUCGUUUUGCUGUCGCUCUCUUCUUCCCUCCUGACGUGGUCUUCAGUUUUCCCUGGGCAGCUCGAUAUGUCACAGAUAACCCCUGCAUCUGCUACGUUGCUGCAGACUCCUGCAAACGCAAUGCAGACACUCCGGGACGAGGUCCGUCCCUCGUCGUUCACACCAGUGUCCCGUUUGGUCUCGAGCACCUGGAGAAGGACAAGGAAGAAGUCCAGCCAAUCAUCUUACAGGAACUCUACAAGAUGCUUCCUGGUCUGCCUCAGCCAAUUAGCAUUAAGUGUCAGAAGUGGAGGUACUCCCAGGUGCUGACCUCGGUGCCAGACUGUCCUGGUCAGAUGACCGUCCUGGACCGCCCGCUGCUCGUCUGCGGCGGUGACGCCUUCAGCCACUCCAACUUUGACGGCUGUGUGGAGUCUGCACUGAGCGUGCUCCGUGUGCUGAAGGCCUCACUGUCAGGAAGUGACUCGACCACCAGAAUCUAAGCCAAUAAUCAACAAGGUCAUUGGUUCACUUAUCAGCUGACAGGAAAUGAUUAAUGACACGUCAACACGUGUCACUGAAUGUUUGAAUGUAAACGAAUAAAGUUUAAUAUUUAAUUAAUAUUUCAUAAAAAACAGCUUCAGUCUGAACCAGAAUCCACCUUACAACUAAACCUGGUCUAACUAAUCCUGGUCUGACCUGCUCUGAGGCGAUACAUUGGUUGAUACGAUUUGAAAAGGUUGCGAUCACUAAGGUCACUGACAUUAUAGACAGAUUGAGUUAUGUUUGUCCAUCUUUGUCGAAGAGAUUAAUGUUACCGUCAGUGUCCGCUUGCUGUCCACAUCCGUCAGUCUAGUUUGACUUUUUCAUCAGGUCGACACGUUAAAACAUUGUUAACAGAUGAUGUCCUGAGCUAAUGCUAACAUAGUGUGAUAUUAACUAACCAAUGAUGUUCAGUGAUGAUCCACCUCUUUUUGUUUGUGGUUCUAACAAACUUUCCCUCUGAAUUAAAGUUCCAAUAAAGUUUGAAAAUGUCAAGAACCUUCAGA